AUGACUUCCGAGGAGGAACCGACGCAAACGCGAGUUGAGAGCUCAUCGUCGCCACGUGGCUUCAGAAGGGUGACCCUAACUGCUUCCGUGUUGAAUGAGGCAGAGAACGAGCAGGGUAUUCCCCUGGAGCCUUGCACUGACGCCGAGGUGGAGGCGAUGGAGCGUCAGCGGUGGGGAAGACUGGUGCAGGAGGGCUUGUUCCACCAGAGUCUCCAUUUUCAGCGGUGGGACGAGGAGGCUUUAUUACGGGGAUCAUUGUACCGCACCCGCGCUGUGGCGGCCCGCACGACGGUGAGACCCACAACGACGGCUGCGCUGGUACUGAGUCUUAACAUCAAUCCUGUACUUUGGCUGGGCGAGAAUGAGAAUGAAAAGGGGGAUGAGGCGUCUCCAAAAGCUUCUCGUCUAUACGUCUGGCGAGCCCCCGCCCUCCUGCCAGGUGAUAAUUUAAAUAUUUUGAGUCAACUUGGUCAACAACUUGAGAGUCAGUAUCGGUCCCUUUCUAAGCGGCCAUUGAUUGUAAGUCAUUGUCUUAAUGCAAGACCGGAGGGCUUUGUGCGGGCUUUGGCUCAAUGCCGUCAUCAAGCAGGCCCUCAAAAAAAGGUUAUUGUGCACUACGGGGGCCAUGGUGUGCCGCGGCCGCGUGGGGGGUCACUGUUUCUUUUUUCUUCGAAUGGGGAGCCUGUAAAUUACUCACUGGACACAUUUUCUUCCCAGGUUGGAUUUCCGCUUGUUAUGGUGGCUGAAUGUGCGAACGCUGCGAGUAUUCUGCACCACCUUUUAGAAAAUCGGCAGAAGGAAGAAGUAAAUAACCACUUCACGUACCGUCAGUACGGGACAAAUAUAGGUGUGUCCACCUUGGAGGAGUCGGAGCGUCCGGAUAUGGUGCCAGGCUGGGAUCGAUAUGAAGUUGCUUCUGUUGCUGGCAUGGAAGGCAAUGCAAUGAAAUCAACCACGAAUGCGCCGUUUUUAUCAAAAUUGCGUGGUUUGGGUUCUGCUGCAGCGUCAAGUACUAAUUCACUACUGCACGACGACCUUUUCUUUUUGGGGGCCACAGAGGAGGGUGCACUACCGCGGCACCCCAAACUGCCGUCUGAUAUC